UCAGCAUAUAUAUGGAGUCCCAAACUCCAAUCAUCAAAGAUAUUUACAGCACCCGAACAGAGCGAGAAACAUGGAAGUGAAGCAAAUACUUCACAUGAACAAAGGGGAUGACGAAACUAGUUACGCCAAAAAUUCCAAAAUUCAGUGCAAAAUACUAUCCAUAACAAAGCCAAUCAUUGAGGAAACAGUACUGAAAAUCUUGGGUUCAGAUCUUGUGCCAAAACAAAGUUUUGGCAUAGCAGAUUUGGGUUGCUCAUCUGGACCAAACUCCUUGUUACUCAUUUCAGAGGUCAUGGAUGUCAUACAUGCGGAAUACAGUCGCCUGACCCAGCCGAGCCUCCAGCUCCAGUCAUCCACACGGGAGUUUAGAGUGUAUCUCAAUGACCUCUUUAGCAACGACUUCAACACCAUUUUCGUGUCACUGCCAGAGUUCUACGACAAGUUCAAGCAAGACUUCAAGGAUACUACUACUAGUGAGGGGCCUAAUCUCUUUAUUUCUGCUGUGCCUGGUUCUUUUUAUGGUAGAUUAUUUCCCAACAAGAGCUUGCACUUUGUUCACUCUUCCUCUAGUCUUCAUUGGCUCUCCCAGGUUCCCCCUGGACUAGAUACAGCCUUAAACAAGGGGAAGAUCUACAUAUCUAAGAGCAGCCCAGAAUGUGUGAAGGAGGCAUAUUCACAGCAAUUCCACAAGGACUUUUCUGUGUUUCUAAAGUCUCGCGCUGAAGAAAUUGUAUCCGGAGGACGAAUGGUUCUGUCAUUCAUGGGAAGGCGAUUGUCAGACCCUACAAUUGAAGAGAGUUGCUAUCUCCAGUGGGAGCUCUUAGCCAAUGCAUUAAUGACCUUGGUUUUAGAGGGCUCUAUUGAAGAAGAAAAAGUUGAAUCGUUCCAUGCUCCCUACUAUGCUCCAUGUCCGGACGAAUUGAAUUUGCAGUUACAAAAAGAAGGAUCAUUCGUAAUGGACCGCCUUGAAGCAUUCGAAAUUGAUUGGGAUGGUGGUGCUGAUCUGGAUGAAAACACGAAUAACACAACCAAUGAAACUGUAGCAAGCAGUGGCGAGCGAGUAGCCAAGACCAUAAGAGCCGUGGUGGAGUCAAUGCUCGAGUCUCAUUUUGGUGAAGAUCUUAUGAUGGAUACUUUGUUUCAGAGGUACGCAGAGCUCGCCAGCGAUCGCUUGUCAAAAUCUAGAACCAAGUACAUCAACUUGGUCAUUUCACUCAUUAAGAACUAAUUAUAAUUGUGCAUGUUUUGUAAUUUAUUUCCAGAUCAUUCUUGGCUUUCACGAACAAUAUCUAUCAAUCGAUCUGUACGUGUGUAUUGUUUUCGAA